CUAGAAGCGUCCGUGAACGAGUAGCUUUGCCAUGGUAACGCAGCCAGCAGCCGUACAGGGUCUGAAAGGGCCGCAGUUUCACGGAGCUGUAGCCCCCGCGAGGACAUCCCACGACGCCGGGUGGAGAUGACAUAUUUUUCACCCUGUUUGAACCUAAACUGUACCCAGCCAUAAUUUAUUAAGACCUUAACAAUAAGCAGCUGACUCAGCUCUUCAGUGCAGCGCAGCAUCCCGCUGUUUGCUAACACCAUGGCCGCUUCUCGUUGAUCAUUUACGCUAACACGGACAGACUCGUCCUCGUCAUGGUCCCUUCAGUCGAAGAGGUAUCUUCGUCCCUUGUACGGGAGUAUUUGAGUCGUAAGGGGCUCAAGAGGACUAUUGCCUGCAUGGAUGAGGAGCAUCCACGCACAGAGGCCAGUAUCAACAACAGGUCGGAGCUGAGGCAGAUUCUCAGCAUUGAGGAUCUCUACAGGAAGAACAAGCUUCAAAAUUCCCCUCUGAAAACAUUACUGGAGGUUAUUGUAAAGCAUCUCAUUGAACAAGUAAAGAAUGAGAAAAUAGUGAGCAGUGAAGGCGUUUCCCUACGGAGAGCCCAAACUAGUCCAAUGGAUAAUGCUCCUGCAGGAGAGGAGGACGGCGCCCCAGCUUCUUUUCCAAGCAAACAGACCAGAUCGAGGCUUGAUAUAACAGCAACAUUCCCUUCUCAAGCUACAAAUGCUUCACUGAUGCCAGCAAACGAUAGAAAGUCCAGUAAUGAUCAAACAGGUUUCCGGGGUCCUGACUUAGGAGUUCAAAAAGACCAUCUAGUGAUGGAUUCCCCCCAAGACAAUAAGAGCUUAAUCCAAAAAGAACCAGAAAAAAACACCUCUGAGACCACCCAAAGGAGCAGAACUAAUCGCAUUAGGAGAGGCAUAUUGGCUGGACCGGUACCCCAGGAAUCAAACAGAAAACGGAACAGUCGAAAGGUGUCCCAGCCACUACUCAGAAGAGAAGAGGGAAACAGGCCCUCUCAGGAUGGACGUUUAGUGACUGGCUCACACCCGGGAAGUUUACAAAGCAGCAGGAGUGAAAUCAGCUCAGCUGACUGUGUACGAGAGGGCCGCGAGGCGCUGAGUGUUUCACAGAGAACACCGAGUGAAAACAGCUUUGAACGAGUGGGACUGAACAUGGUGACGACAACAAAAGCAAAGACCAGGCCAAGUGUGGCUGAUCUGGAUGCGUCUGCGAUGGUCUUGGAUGACAUCGAGGAUUAUGAUGACGAUCUGCGAGAACUCUGCGACGCCCCUCUACGGAGAACCUUACCGGAACACAGCCUCGCCGGUCGCCCGAUGGACCAGCGCACUGCCACGGAAUUAAAAACACUUCUUCUUGGUUCCAGCCUAAAUUGUUUCAAUAUUGAGUGGAGGAAUCAGGGUUUCACAUUCUUAGACACGCAUGACCUCCGAUAUGGAAUUGUGCAGAGAAAGGGAGGUCCUUGUGGAGUUCUGGCGUCUGUUCAAGCCUUUGUUCUUAAGAAGCUGCUCUUUGAGAGCACUGAGAGCUGUAACGUGGGCCUGCAGAGAUUAAGACCGUCCAACAGCAUCAGGAGAAAGUGUCUCGUCUUAGCUCUGGCUGAGAUCUUGUGGAGGGCUGGCGAGGAAACACAAGCCACAGUUGCAAUAAAUUCAGGGAGAAAUCAGUUCAUCCCAGCUCGACCCUACAGAUCUGAGGGAGUGCUUGAAAAGAUCACCUGUUUGACUGUGGAGAACCUCAAAGAUCUGGAGUUGAUCCUUGAGCAGCAUGUUGACCAAUUUGAAACUGGGAUGCUGGGCUGCAUGCUGCUGACUGUGUCUGCUGUUCUCUCGCGAUCCAUUCAAAAAGUACAGGAAGAUAUGGAUGUGCCCACCACCACGCUGAUUGGAGCCCAUGGGUACUGCACACAGGAGCUGGUCAACCUGUUGCUGUGUGGCAGAGCAGUUUCCAAUGUGUUUGAUAACGACAUGGAGCUGGACUCGGGCAACGGCAACAUGACUCUGCUCAAAGGAAUCAAAGGUCACUGUGACGUUGGCCUGCUGUCCUUGUUUGAACAUUAUAACAUCUGUAAGGUAGGAGCUUACCUGAAGACUCCCCGCUACCCCAUCUGGGUGGUGUGCAGUGAAAGCCACUUCAGCGUGCUGUUUGGCCUGCAGAGGGAGCUGUUGACCAAUGAGGGCACUGAGUUCGACCUCUACUAUUUCGAUGGACUGGCCAACCAGCAGGAGGAGAUCCGCCUCACUGUUUCUGUUGGCAGAUUGACCCAGAGCAGUCAGGAUGUGGAUACCGACCUCAUUCCUCCCAUGGAGCUCUGUAUCCGAACAAGGUGGAAGGAUGCAUUUGUCAGCUGGAAUGACACGGAGCCUAUUCUCUGAGUGAUCAUCUGUUUUCAGUUUGUUUUUGUUGUUCUGCUGGUUUAUUUCAUGUCCAUUUUAUUAAGUAUGAACUUGACAUUGGAUACUAAAUUCUCACAAACAAAGUGCGAUCGAAAGGUUCAGAGCCUGAGCCCGUAAGAAAGUGAAAACUGACCCGUUUAAAUUUGGCUGCCAUCCUUUUCAAAGUAGUUACUUUGUUCCUGUUCUCCUGCCAUGCCUGACACAUUCCCUGGAAGUCAGCUUUUUAAUGGAUAUAUAUUUAUUUAUUUUAAAUGCCCAAAGUGCUGUUUCUGAGGUCCGCAGUUAAACUUUUAGAAGUGCAUCUGCUGCUGGUCACAAAAAUGCGUGCACUCCUGAUGUUGGUUGUGCAACAUCUCUCUGAGUAAUGACUCAGCGCAGUUACUGUUUGUGUGUUUUUAUUUAUUUACUUUUUCAUUUGUUUUCAUUCAACAGGGAUGAUUUACAGACUACUGACACAUUUUAGUAAAAUGAAGCCGGGACGGUCCACGAAGAGCCGCAGAGCUCGCCAUAAUUUGCAGGUUUUGUCCUCAGUUGACUUUAAAGGUAACAAUGUAACAGAAACAUAAAAACAGAGUCUUGACUUAAACGCAUCCGAGAACAGGGGAAAGAAAACACUUUAAUGUUCAGGCCAAAACUUCCUAAUAAUAAAGACGUUCUUAAAAUGACGUUUUUAUUUCUGAUGGCAGCGUGUCAGCUGAUGCACACGACCACGAUGUGCUCCAUUCAUGCGUAACGGGAACACUCCCAGAACCUUUUGAUUGCACUUCUUGCGUUACUGUUUUGUUUUGUCCGUCUGAGACGAAGCGUUGAUGGAAAGCUGUUGGCUGCCAUCAUGUCGUCUGUUACAGCCUGAUUCUGCUGCCAGGACAUUUACGAUAUUUUGGAGAAAGCAGCUAGUUGGUCUUUUGAAAGGUUCAGCAAUAAGAAUAUGUGCAUGUGAACAUUUUAGAUGUGUUGCUGCAAAACAGUGUUCACCAGAGUGGCCUUCUGCUGUCAGCUUGUCCUUUAACAUAAAAGCAUCGUAUCCACAUUUUACACUAAAUUGAUUUGAUUUCUCUGCUUAUAAAUAUUUGGUAAAUGGACUGAUUCUUAUACAGUCCUUCUCUACUCUCCCAGAGUACCUAAAGCGCUCUAUACAAAGUAUAUGUAACAUAUUAUUAUUUUAAGGACUUGUGACAUGCGAAAUCGAGACCUCACAUAUAAACUAGAUUAACUUUUAGUGAGUGCGACAUUCCUCAUAAUUGCCUUGAUGCUUGUUCACGUUGGACAAACCACCUGUGUGGACAAUAAAAUAAUUUAAUACCUCA